AUGCAUAGCCGUGGUAAGUGCAUUUCCUCUUCCACUCUUCCUUAUAAGAGAACUCCCCCAAGUUGGCUCAAAACCUCUUCCCAGGAUGUGGAAGAAAACAUUUGCAAGUUUGCGAAGAAGGGUUUGACGCCGUCUCAGAUAGGUGUCAUUCUUCGUGACUCGCAUGGUAUUGCGCAGGUGAAGAGCUUGACUGGAAGCAAGAUUCUCAGGAUUCUCAAAGCUCAUGGUCUUGCACCUGAGAUUCCGGAGGAUCUGUAUCAUUUGAUAAAAAAGGCUGUUGCUAUCCGAAAGCACUUGGAAAGGAACAGGAAGGAUAAGGACUCGAAGUUCCGGCUUAUCCUUGUGGAGAGCAGGAUCCAUCGUUUGGCUCGUUACUACAAGAGAACGAAGAAGCUUCCACCCGUCUGGAAAUAG